UUGGGGGUGGGAAGACUAGGGGAGGAGCCCUGAGCCUGUUGGGGGUGGGACCAGGGACAAGAGGAGGAGCCGAGUGUCAGGUGACCAUAACUCUGACGGCUCCAGUGUCUCAGAGAGAAGCCAGAGAAGAAGAGUGGCUCCGCCUCUUCCUGUUCCUGUUAAAGCUGAGACGUCUCCCCAGCGCUCCCUGAUGAACACUCACGUCAUCAGACCUCGUACCCAGGCCUCAGUCCUUAGCGUCUCCUCUGACAACAGUGUUGGAGACACGCCUGCAUCCAUACACUCAGUCCGCUCUAGAACUCAGCUGGCAGCGAGACCUUGUAGUGGAGGAGCCAUGAGGUCUGGUUCUGGGGCUAGAAGAACCUCAACCGACCGGCCUGGUGGCACUUGGUCUCAGGGAGCCAAGAGUCUUAGAGCAUCAAGCCAACUCCGUGACAUCCAUACUGGCGACAUCCCCAAAGAACCCAAGGACAGAGCACCAGACAGAGGAUACUCUGUAGACACCCACACUGACUCUAUCCACACUAAGGACAGGGGGUAUUCUGUAGACACCCACACUGACUCUAUCCACACUAAGGACAGAGGAUACUCUGUAGACACCCACACUGACUCUAUCCACACUAAGAACAGGGGGUAUUCUGUAGACACCCACACUGACUCUAUCCACACUAAGGACAGGGGGUACUCUGUAGACACCCACACUGACUCUAUCCACACUAAGAACAGUAGGUCAGACAGGGGGUACUCUGUAGACACCCACACUGACUCCAUCCACACUAAGAACAGUAGGUCAGACAGGGGGUACUCUGUAGACACCCACACUGACUCCAUCCACACUAAGAACAGUAGGUCAGACAGGGGGUACUCUGUAGACACCCACACUGACUCUAUCCACACUAAGAACAGUAGGUCAGACAGGGGGUACUCUGUAGACACCCACACUGACUCUAUCCACACUAAGGACAGGGGGUACUCUGUAGACACCCACACUGACUCCAUCCACACUAAGGACAGGGGGUACUCUGUAGACACCUGCAUCUCUACUGACUACAACUCCUCACAUGAGUCCCACAAGGCUGAAGAUAUAGAAGAGGAGCUAUCUGAGGAGGCAGGAGAGGAGCUAUCUGAGGAGGCAGGAGAGGAGCUAACUGAGGAGAGAGGAGAGGAGCUAACUGAGCAGAGAGGAGAGGAGCUAACUGAGGAGAGAGGAGAGCUAGCUAACUGAGGAGGCAGGAGAGCUAGCUAACUGAGAAGGCAGGAGAGCUAGCUAACUGAGGAGGCAGGAGAGCUAGCUAACUGAGGAGGCAGGAGAGCUAGCUAACUGAGGAGGCAGGAGAGCUAGCUAACUGAGGAGGCAGGAGAGCUAGUUAACUGAGGAGGCAGGAGAGCUAGCUAACUGAGGAGGCAGGAGAGCUAGCUAACUGAGGAGGCAGGAGAGCUAGCUAACUGAGGAGGCAGGAGAGCUAGCGAACUGAGGAGGCAGGAGAGCUAGCUAACUGAGGAGGCAGGAGAGCUAGCUAACUGAGGAGGCAGGAGAGCUAGCUAACUGAGGAGGCAGGAGAGCUAGCUAACUGAGGAGGCAGGAGAGCUAGCUAACUGAGGAGGCAGGAGAGCUAGCUAACUGAGGAGGCAGGAGAGCUAGCUAACUGAGGAGGCAGGAGAGCUAGCUAACUGAGGAGGCAGGAGAGCUAGCUAACUGAGGAGGCAGGAGAGCUAGCUAACUGAGGAGGCAGGAGAGCUAGCUAAAGAAGCUAUAGAUGAACUGGGUUCUCUGGGGUUCAGUAAUGAGUAGCAACAUGUCUCUGAGCUGGUAGUUAACAAGCUCCCUGGAUACACCUUCUAGAAGACCCACAUGAAGAAUGUGCUUCCUAGGGACAAAUGUAUCAAGCAUCUCAAGGUAGUGCUGCUGAUCUAGGGUCAGAUAUUCCCUGUCCAUAUGAUCCUAAUUUUGAUAUUAAAGGCAAAACCAGUUCUCCUACUCUAAUGCUGUGUUUACACACUAAUUGGUAUUUUCACCAAUCAGAUCAGUUCUGAAAAUGAUCUGAUAUGAAAAGAUCCUAAGUGAUUGGUCAAAAGACAUGUUAGUGGAAAAGAUAUCAGAAUUGGGCUGCCUGUGUAAACACAGACCAUGAUGCUUCAUACAUAUGGGCCCUGAAAUAGUCUGGUUUACUGAUAGAGCAAUGCUGUGGAGACGGAUAUUGUUAGUCAUUCUGAAUUUGGACGGGCGGGAUGCUUCCAUUUUAAUAUCUCAUUCUGUACGGCACUAGACUAAACUGAAUGUAAUGUUGUAUCAAUCAUUCAUAAAUUCAAAGGGCUAAUUGAAUCAUCUACUUCCAUGUUAGACUAUUAACUGUGUGAGCGGGUUUGGGAAUUCCCUAAUAUGAAUACGUUAUCAAAAAGCAAGACUGUUUUAGUUUAAAAUGUCUUUCCCAAGUUAUUAAAAGGCUUCUGUUUUAUCUAUACAUUCAAUUGUGAAAAUAAUUUAAAUGUGUGUUGAUGAGUUACAUACUACUUAAGUUGUGCAUGAAAAUACCAUUCAAUAUAUGCAAGUCCACAAGGCUACUUACUACACAAUGCCAAAGGGAGCAGGUAGAGAGAUAUUUUGAUGCCUACCCUCAGUCAUGGAUUUCCUGAAUACUGUGGGGAUAUGUUUGAAUUGACUUAGAGCAGGGGGCUUUUCUUACCCCCUCCUAGGCAAACCGGCAACCCAGGGACCAUUAUAUAUUAACAAAAACAAAUUGUCUUAUUAUCAAGUGAAUGAUUAUAGAAAGCAGAAGUAAUCAACAUUUUAAAAUGAAUAGAUUUGGUAGAUAAUUGUUCAUUAUUUUGACCUCCACACGUUAUAAUUGGAAGAGGAAGGGUAAACUCUAACAUAGCGUAUUAUAUGGGGGCGGUAGCCUAGUGGUUAGAGUGUAGAGGGGGCAGCGUAGCCUAGUGGUUAGAGUGUAGGGACGGUAGGUAGCCUAGUGGUUAGAGCGUUGGACUAGUAACCGGAAGGUUGCGAGUUCAAACCCCCGAGCUGACAAGGUACAAAUCUGUCAUUCUGCCCCUGAACAGGCCGUCAUUGAAAAUAAGAAUAUGUUCUUAACUGACUUGCCUGGUUAAAUAAAGCUUAAAUUUUUUUUUUAUAUCUAAAUAUAGAAAGGUAACUCCAAGCCUAAGAGCAGCUGGUUAAACAAAGGUUAGCCAUGUGUUGGCAAAAAUUAAUGUCCAAGUCAAGAAAGCUGACCAGCAGUCAGUGGCACUUACUGUACUGGUAGCCUAUAGAGUCCCACAGUGUUCUAAUACCCAUAAAACCUACUGGUCAAACACAGAAAUGGUUCCAAUUGUCUUUCCACCAAACAUUUUUCACUGGGUGAAUUUGACAAACACUUCAGAUUAAGUGAAGGUUUAUCUUGGCGUGACAUUUUGAGUAACGUGUCAUUCUCGGACAAGGUGACUUUUAUCAAUAUAUUCUCCUCAAUUCAUUGUCAAAAUGUUGAAAUGCUGAUUAGAAACAGAGAAGACCUCGAGAAGACUACAAAUUCCCGCAGAAAGCUCCUGUACAUGUUCACCAGCGUGACCAGAGCCUUUACCCAAUCCAUGAUGAGUACAUUGAAUAAAGUGUUGAACUUC